AUGACCACCAAGUCCGAGAAACCACUUAUCCUUUACACUGCUCGCACGCCGAACGGCUUCAAGCCUAGUGUCUUGCUCGAGGAGUUGAAGCUUGCAUACCCGGAGCAGAACCUAGAAUAUGACGUCUUUGCCAUCGAGAUAUGGAAGACCGUCCAUAAGGAGCCUUGGUUCAGCGCGAUGAACCCAAACGGUCGUAUUCCAACUCUGACAGAUCGCUCUCGGAACAAUUUCAACGUCUUCGAGAGCGCAGCGAUCUUACUGUAUCUCGCUCAGCACUAUGACAAGGAUAAUAAGUUCACAUUCGAUCCGGUGAAGGAGGCGGACGAUUACAGCGAGAUGCUGCAGUGGAUCUUCUUCGCCCACGGAGGUGUCGGUCCGAUGAUGGGACAAGCGAACCAUUUCGUGCAUUAUGCACCGGAGAAGAUACCGUAUGCCGCUGAGCGCUACGUCAACGAGUCCAAGAGAUUAUGGGGGGUGCUUGAAAUUCGCUUGAAAGAUCGCGAUUGGCUCGCAGGUCCAGGACGGGGAAAGUACUCGAUUGCGGACAUCAAUGUUUGGCCCUGGAUCCGUAGAUAUGCAUACUCAGUGUCUGAGACGCUGGAUGAGUGGCCCAACGUGAAGGCGUGGCAUGAGCGUAUCGAAGCUCGCGCAGGGGCUCAAGCCGGACUACUGGUACCCGCUGAGGGCAGCGGACCAGGAUUGCAGUGA